AUGGCAACCAGUGUAAAAGAGAUUAACCUGACAGAAAGGAGAUUAGAAGAAAUACUGGAUGUGGCAAAUGAUUGGAGCCUAAGCCAUGGUAUAUGCAUCAUGUCUGAUGAUGUGGGAUCAAAGAAAGCAGUUCCUGCCCCUUACAGCCUAUUUCCAAGUGUGGUGCCAGCAUCUGUGCUACAACAGGCAAAGGAUUCUAUGGUGCACUUUAGUCGACUCAUGCAUAAAGUUGCAUUGGACCAUAAUUUUUUAGAGGCCUCACUGAAGAAUGUUAUAAAAGUUGACGAAUUUAUGAAAAAUUUAUGGGACAUCUACCUCAAAGUAAGAGAGAAAGGUGUCAUACAGCCUCUUCAUUUUGGAAUAUUCCGAAAUGACUUCAUGAUGAACUGCCUUGACACAGUUGGUGCUGGUGAAAUAGUUUCUGCUGAUAGAUUAGAACUCAAGCAGAUAGAGUUUAAUGCCAUCUCUUCAAGCUUUGCUGGUCUAACUGAACAGAUGGCAGACCUCCAUAGGUUAACACUUGGUAUGUGUGGGAAAAGCUUUGAGAACAAACAGAUCCCAAUCAACAUCCCAGCUACAAAAAUUGCUGAAGGUUUAAUUAAAGCUUGGGAACUGUAUAGAAAUCCCAAUGCAGUUAUACUGUACAUUGUGAGCAGCUCGGAGAGGAAUAUUAUAGAUCAAAGAUGGCUGGAGUUUAAUGUAUACAAGACCCACCCCCACAUUAGGGUGUUGAGGAGAACUUUUGCUGAAAUUAACGACACAGGCCAUCUUGGCAGUGAACAUCAGCUGUUCAUCAAUGAGGAUGAGGUAGCAGUGUCUUAUUUAAGAGAUGGCUACACAGCAGAGAACUACAAAACUAACAAGGAAUGGGAAGGGAGGCUCCUGGUAGAGCUAUCAAAGUGCAUCAAAUGCCCCUCCAUCCAGUACCAGCUGGUUGGUGCUAAGAAAAUCCAACAGGAGCUUGCACAGCCUGGAGUGCUAGAGAAAUUUAUUCCAGACCCUCAUGUGGUUAAAAUCAUUAGGGCAACAUUUGCGGACUUAUAUACCUUAGACUUUGUACCAGAGGGAGAUGAAGCAGUUAAAAAAGCUUUGAGCACUCCUGACAAAUUUGUCCUAAAGCCACAAAGAGAAGGAGGAGGUCACAAUCUUUACAGUGAGGCCAUCACCCAAUUCUUGACCCAACACUCCAGCGAGAGGGAGGCUUACAUCCUGAUGCAGAGAAUUUUUCCCUGGCAGCAAAAAAAUUAUUUGGUCAAAACUGGGGUGCCAUUUGAGUUAUCCACUGUAGUCAGUGAGCUGGGGAUCUAUGGAGUUUAUAUAGGGUCAGAAGAGGAGGAAGUUGUGAACUAUGAAUGCGGUCACAUGAUGAGGACUAAAAUAUCAGGCACAGAUGAAGGUGGCAUUGUUGCUGGAUUUGCUGUUCUAGACACACCACUAAUUAUAUUCUAGAUUUUCUAUAUUAUGUAUUAAAAUGCUUCAAGAAUUCCCUAUUUUACUGAUUUUAAUCUAUUAGUUUGUACUGAAAAAAUAUUCUAAAUUGUAGAAGAUUGUAAGAAUCAUUACAGAAAAUUAUUAAGGAAGUAUUACAUAAACAAACCAAAACAAUAUGUUGUAAUAAUCAUCAACACAAUUAAACAAACCUAUAACCAGUUUUUUAAUUAUUUAUAUAUGGUGAAGGAUGAAAGAAAAAUAAUGUAUUUUUGCCACUUGUAAGAUAUUUUAUUUCAUGCAAUGUUUGAAUCAUAGCAGUAUGAAGUUAUCUCAGGUGUUCUAGGAAUUCAAACACAUUUAAUGACAACUGUAUGUAAUGUCGUCCUAUGUACUUAAUCAUGUAUAUUUAUGUAUCAGUUAAUUUUUUUUGUC